AUGGCCUUCAAUUUUGCAUUUGCAGAUAAUGCAAACUCUCGACCACGACAGGCUGCAAAGCCUCCUCGUCCGGUAUCGUACUAUCCAGUCGAGGAUAGCGACGAUUCGGAUAAUCUGCGAACGAAACGAAAAGCGACUUCUUUCCUAAAUGUCCACAACAAAUUUGACAAUACAGAAAAUCUGUUACGUGUAGAAAGAGAAACCAGGUUGAGGCAUGCCAAGGAGAAUCUUGAAGCGGAAAUCGAGGAGCUCAAGAUGCGUAAUCAACGUCUUGUGGAACAACUGCGAGAGAAAAGCGCUCAAUUCAGUAAACUUCAGUUUCAUGCUCACAAACUGGACGAACAGAUCGAAUCUCUUUCGAAGCGCUGUGCUCUUAGCUCUGCUUUGGACAAAUUGAGUCUUGAUGAACGAUUCGUGAGAGGAUCGCUGACAACUAUUGAAAAGAUUGAGGAUCGUUUGCGACAAUUUCAACGUCACGUUCAAAGUGCUAAACUGGACGCUGCUAACGUGCAACAAAAGACAAUGAACACUAUUGCUCAAGAGCGCAGCGCUCAUCAAGCAUGUCUGGAUCGCUUAGAGGAUCUACAACGAGAGAACUUCGCCCUUAUGCAAAGCAGAUACUUAGAAUCCGGAUGUGAUGAUAGCGUUUGGCAGCGGAAAAUCGAUGCAUUACCGGCUUAUGAGGCUCUGUACAGUUUCGCCACAACAUGCUGUUCGUAA